AUGCCGUCCGCGUCACAGAGCGUAGGUGCAACCGCUGAGGGGCCCAGCACGCAGACUCCAUAUCGACAGAGUUCCACAACGGGUCCGAGUACUACAGCUCCUAGUGGUCUUGGUGGCUCUGGAUCGGAAGGAAAUGUUACAUCGGGUCUUGUACUUCCUACAGGGGCUUCAGGAACCGGGCAGAGGAUAGGAACGGCUGGUCCCGGAGCUGCUGAAGAGGAAGCCGAGGGUGAGGACGAACUUUUGCCUGCCAUGGCCGACGACGAUUAUUCGGCACAAUUAUCAUGGCAGAGUCAAUCAAAAGACAAUCUCAAGGUGCUCAUGGACAGCUUUACACCGGAACAGUACGAGCGGUUCGAAGCAUACCGACGACAUGCGCUUCCUAAACAGGCUGUCCGAAAGGUCAUUCAACAGACCCUUGGCCAACAAGUCUCGAUGCCUGUCGCGCAGGUAGUCGCCGGUUUUUCAAAGGUCUUCGUGGGAGAAAUCGUUGAAAAGGCCCGCGAAGUGCAAGCCCGUCGAGGAGAAACUGGUCCACUUUCUCCCGAUCAUCUAAGAGAGGCGUACCGAUCCUAUCAGCAGGAGACAGGGAGAGUAGGUGCUGCGAGACCGAUCCGAUCGAAGAAGCUGUUUGUGCGAUGA